AUGUCAAUAAAUGUAGAGAACAAUUUGAAAGAUAGUGAAAACAAGCAAAUAUUUGAACAACGUGCCCAUUAUGUACCCUGUAAGAUUGAAGAAGAUGGUCCUGCGAAUGUAAAUAAAUAUUUUGAGCCUUACGUUAUUGAAAAUGAAAAUGGGGAGUUAUCUGCGACAUUCAGGGGCCAUCAAUUAGAUGGUGUUAAGAUGCAACUACCAGAAGGAUAUAGAGCUGUGGUCUUGACUGAAGCUAAAAGACCUCUUGCAGAGGAUGCUGAUAGGAAAUUUCAAGUGGCGGGCGGUUUUAAAGAAAUUAUUUAUUGGAAUUGGGAUAAAAAGCCAUCUAAAAAUGACAAUAUAGCGAGAGCCCUGGAUUGGGUGGACUUAGCUGAAGCAAUACAUGGAGAC